AUGGAGUCGAGGGGUUCCCGAGGCUCUUCGGGGGAUUCUAGGGCUAAAUUCAACAUAAAGAAUGAGGAAGACGGGCUGAGGACACACGAAAGUCCAGGGACUCAGACCUGGCCAACAGUGUUCUCUCCGGGGUCGACGACCUCGCCAACAGGCUCAGGGUCCACGCACACUGCUGUGACUCCUGAGAACACUCACACCACAUCUCGGCAGGAGGCAGCAACAACCUCCCCAGGAGGCCCGAUUUCCACUCCUGGAAGUCAGCCCACUGACACGGCCCACACAACAACCUCCUCUGGUGAAACAGGCACUUCACAAAGCACAGCAGGUUCCCCUUCAACCGCCGUCUCCCCCGACGCCACCCUCAGCUCAGCCUUCACCCAGACACCCACACAGUCUCCAAGCAGCCUGUUCCCAACAGCAGCAACUCAAACAACGGAGACCUCCCAAACAGUCGUCACCCAGGACACUACACCCUUCCAAACCAGCUCAGGGUCCACAGGAACAGCGGCGCCUCCUGAGACCUCCUACACCUCAGCUGCGCCUGAGCCAUCUUCCACCGCCCCAAGAGUCUCCAUUUCAACACAAGCAACUGAAGGAGCCGACACAUCACCAACAGUCGCCACUCACGGAUCCACAGCCUCCCCUACAGGCUCAGGGUCCACCGAGAGAACUGCAUCUCCUGAGAACACCCACACCCCAUCUCAACCUGAGGCAACUCCAACUUCCCCCGGAGGCCCGAAAACACACGGAACUCCUGAGACCUUGACCUCCACGGCCCUGACUGACCAAUCUACCACCUCACCCGUCCUCCCAAAAUCAACACCAGAAAGUCCAGCGACUCAGACCUGGCCAACAGUGUUCUCUCCGGGGUCGACGACCUCGCCAACAGGCUCAGGGUCCACGCACACUGCUGUGACUCCUGAGAACACUCACACCACAUCUCGGCAGGAGGCAGCAACAACCUCCCCAGGAGGCCCGAUUUCCACUCCUGGAAGUCAGCCCACUGACACGGCCCACACAACAACCUCCUCUGGUGAAACAGGCACUUCACAAAGCACAGCAGGUUCCCCUUCAACCGCCGUCUCCCCCGACGCCACCCUCAGCUCAGCCUUCACCCAGACACCCACACAGUCUCCAAGCAGCCUGUUCCCAACAGCAGCAACUCAAACAACGGAGACCUCCCAAACAGUCGUCACCCAGGACACUACACCCUUCCAAACCAGCUCAGGGUCCACAGGAACAGCGGCGCCUCCUGAGACCUCCUACACCUCAGCUGCGCCUGAGCCAUCUUCCACCGCCCCAAGAGUCUCCAUUUCAACACAAGCAACUGAAGGAGCCGACACGUCACCAACAGUCGCCACUCACGGAUCCACAGCCUCCCCUACAGGCUCAGGGUCCACCGAGAGAACUGCGUCUCCUGAGAACACCCACACCCCAUCUCAACCUGAGGCAACUCCAACCUCCCCCGGAGGCCCGAGUACGACCCAGGGAACUCAAUCCGCUCAGACCACGCAAACGACAGGCUUCACACUGGAGUCUACACUCACCGGAGGCGGCUCGGUUUCCACAGGAACCACUGCACCCCAGGACACCUCCUUACCCACAGCCCUCACCGCCGAACCUACAGCCUCUCCAGCCAGCCACGUUUCCACAGGUCUCUCGGGCCCCUGCUCACAGCUCGGGCCCCGUGUUCACCAGCAGUCUCGCUGCUCCCACGAGGACGCCACAUGUGUCUCUGCCACCAAGGUGCAGCGUGUCAUCGUGCUCAGAGCUCAGUGGUGUGUCCGUGCUUGGCGAGCUGUGCUUUCCCGUGCAGAGGACUGUGGGAACGGGGAGUGGACCGGAAGGCAGUGCGAGUGCCACUCGGGGUACACGGGCCAGGCGUGCGACUCCGUCCUCUACUUCUUCCCCGUGGACAUCCCGGACGUGAUCAACGCCACGCUGGCCGUGACCGUGAAGGUGCUGCACCGGAACUUCACGCCCGAGCUGCGGGACCCCGCGUCCGCCGCCUACAGGAACUUCUCCCAGCUCUUCCGCAGCCAGACACGCCCCUCCCCAGACACGCCCACCCAGGCCAGCUCCUCCCCAGACACGCCCCUCCCAGACACGCCCACCCAGAUGGAUAAAGUUUUCUCAGGAGACGACCUUCCCGAGUACAGAAGUGUGAUCAUUAGACAGCUGCUCAACGGCAGCAUCGUGGUGCGGAGCGACGUGGUCCUGCAGGCCAGCUACACGGCGGAGUACGAGGCGCUGUUCGCGAACCUCUCGCGGGUCGUGGAGGCCAAGAUCAGGGCCGAGACCGCCGGGACGGAGCGCGACCUCUCCCUGUGCCAGACCUCCUUGCUGUGCUACAACGGAAACUUCACCAGCGUGGGGACCCGAACCCUCAGCUUCGACGCUGCCGAGUUCUGCUUCCGGAAGGCCGCCCGGGGCUUCGGCCAGUUCUUCCGGCCCGAGACGCUGGACGGGAGGCUGACGUGCGCGAGCCCCUGCACGCCGGACUCCAAGUCGCGGCUCGACUGCCACGGGGGCCAGUGCCAGCUGCAGCGCUCGGGCGCGCGCUGCGUGUGCCCGAACACGGACACGCACUGGUACUGGGGAGACACCUGCGAGUCCAGGACGAGCAAGAGGCUAGUAUUCGGGCUGGUGGGCGCCGCGCUGGCCGCGCUGCUCCUGCUCUCCGUCGUCCUGGCCGUGCUCCUCGGACGCUCGCGCCGGAAGAUGCGCAGGUCACAAUAUGACCCCUGUCAAGCGUGGCAGAGAGAGUCUGUUCCUGGGACGUUCCAGAGCUCGGGCGUGUGGGAAGCCGAGCAGCUGAGAGACGACAGGUUCGGCCUCCAGCGAGGGUACAGCCGCUUCCGCCCCCAACCUGCAGGACGUGGACCCCAGCGCGCAGCUCAGCUUCCAGAGGCCCACGGUGGUGACGCCAGCCACGCCAGCCCCGUGAGCACGAGCGUGUGCCCCUCACCCCCUUUACACGAGAGACGGCCGGAGCCCACCGCAGCGCCCACCGCGUCGUCCCCCAGAGCACGGCUGUUGUUCGCUGCUGGGACUGGCGUGGGGGUCACCCCGGGGACCAGUGCAGGCAGACGGGACGGAGGGAGGGCGGAGAGGGCCGCUCCCCCCCCCCCGCUCCCCUCGUUCCCCCCCCCUCCCCGCUCCCCUCUGCUUGCUCGUGGGUGCCGCCCGCUCUGGGGUUUUUCUAUCAAUAAAGCAAUUCUUGAGAGAACACUCGGCUUUUCACCUCCUUCUGGUGGGCGCGGGGCGGGGCCUUGCUCACCCCUGAGCUCUCGCCCUGGGGUCCCCCGUGUCACUGGGCCCGGGGACCCGGAGGGCACGCUCCUGCCGGGUGCCCGCUCUGGGUGUGUCCGCGGACACCCGGGGACAGGACCUCGCCCCUGCGGUGCCAACCUCCUGACCCGGGCGCACCUGCGUGCGUGCCGGGAAGGCAGCCGCUCCCUGUGCCCUUCGGCCCGGGCGGCCAGCGCCCCCUCCCACCAUGCGGAAGCGCCUGUGCCCCCCCCGCACCCCGGGGUCAAAGGUCCCCGGCGGCUGUUAUUUCUGGGGCCCCCGGCUCGCCCGCGCAGAGAAGAGCGCAGCGCGGCUGGCUUCUGCACGAUGGCGGCGGGCGCGGCCCUCUGCGCGCUCUGCCUGCUGGCCCUCGCCCUCGCGCCCCGGCACACGGCCGCGGACGGUGAGUCGCCCCCUCGGGCCGGGCUGCGGGCACAGCGCCUGCUCUGUCAGCUCCCACUCGGGGCUCAGCCCUGGCCGGGGAGCCGCCCGGGGUCACAGCCGCUGGGGGACGGGCCGGGCCUCCCUCAGACGCGGGGAGGGCGCACGGCCUCCUCCUCUCCGCCCAGUCCCCCGAGGGUGUAA